AUGUUGAACAACGGCAAUCCAACUAAUAAUUUAUCCGCAGAAUGGCCAAAACCAUUUAUAGGUGGGUAGAUUUUCUUUCAAUCUCUAUAUGUAUCUCAAUGAAUACACGUAUUAUUUAGACCCGAAUAAUCUGCUUGCAAUGAUGCAAAAUCCAUUCGCAUUGAACUUAUUUUUACAAAUGCAAAGUCAUAGUUUACUUCCACAGCAAGCAGCUCUUUUGAACUUACGGCAACUUGGAUUCGAGAACCCGCUCGAUUUGACUGCUGUCAAGCCAGAUCUUUUCCAGCAUCUCAAUAUUUCUCUAAAUUCUCUUUCAAAACCAGAAAAGGUUGAGGAGCCUUCUUCAACCUCGAAAAAUUCGGUGAGAAGAAAUUAUACUGCAGAAGAUCUUACACAAGCAGUUGAAGAUAUUCGUCAAGGAAAACUUGGGACUAGAAGGUUGGUUGAUUCAAAAAUUCAGAAAAAAAACUCAGAAUUUGUUGCAGAGCUUCGGUUGUCUAUGGAAUUCCUCGUUCCACACUUCGCAAUAAAAUAUACAAACUCGAAGCUGAAGGUGCAAUGCCAUCUAAAAAUCGUAGAGGAGUUGGUCAAAAAACAGCUCCACUAAUCAAGCCUACAGAAACAGUCACAAAAUCGCAUUCAUCUUCAUCUUCACCAAGACCUUCUUUGUAUCCAAGUUCACCUGAUAGCACAAAUAGUAGUUUAGAAAGUUCACAUUUCACAAUUGAUAAUCUUACCAAGGUAAAUUCCUAUAUCAGAAGUUUGUUGACUUUGAAUAAAUAAAAUAUUUCAGCUUCGUGCCACAUCAGCAUCCAGUGAAGAUAUUUCAAAUGGAUCUUGGGUCGAAGCAUUGUGGCAGAAUCUUUUUAAAAAUCAGAAUACCGAUCUGACCUCAGCAAUGAUGAAAAUUGCUAGUAAAGCAGCAGAAAUGCCAAAAGUUGAUAGAUGUACUGAAGAAUGGAAAAGAAGUCGACCGAAAAGAGGACAAUAUCGAAAAUAUGACAAAAAUGCGUUAGAUGAGGCUGUGAGAAGUGUUCGACGAGGGGAAAUGAGUGUUCAUAGAGCUGGAAGUUAUUUUGGUGUUCCACAUUCAACACUUGAAUAUAAGGUUUGUUCACAAUUAAUUAUUAUAGGCAUUGUUUUUCAUAGAUUUCUCCACUGAAACCAUCAGAAAUAUUUUUUUUGCAGGUCAAGGAACGUAACUUGAUGAGAAAGAAAAAAGAGUCAAGCACUUCGAACAACUCUGAUAUUCCAACCAUCACUCUUGGUGAUGAUCCAUUUGUUAGUUCAACAGAUUUUGAAAAACAAGAUGAUGAAGAUGACGAUGAUGAUGAUCAAAUGUGCCAUAUCAUUCCAGUAUUAACACCCUCCUCGCCAAUUUAA